AUGCAACAAAACACAAGACUCCAAGGAUUUCAAUGGACAAUAAUAUGGCAAGUAUUACUUUGUCUUGUAUCAUUUUGGUCCAGGGAUAUCUCAUGCCAAUUACAAUAUUCAAUACCUGAAGAACUAAAAAAAGGAUCAGUCGUUGGCAAUGUAGCAAAAGAUCUUGGAGUUAGUGUAAAUGAACUUGCAUUUAGAAAAUUUCAAAUUGUAUCUCAUGGCACAAAGCAAUAUUUCAAUAUCAUAUUGGAAAAUGGAGAUUUAAUUGUAUCAGAGAGAAUUGAUAGAGAAACAUUAUGUGGGACUAAACUUAGCUGUUUUAUAAACCUAGAAGCUGUAAUUGAAAACCCUUUACAUUUUUACACAAUCUCUAUAGAAAUCCAGGAUGUAAAUGAUAAUGCACCAACAUUUUCUAAAAAGUAUUUUGAAAUAGGAAUCAGUGAGUCGUCUGUUCCCAGAGUACAUUUUCCAUUAGGAAAUGCACAAGAUCCAGAUCUGGACAUGUAUUCUAUUCAGAGUUAUACUCUUAGUAGUAAUGAAUACUUUACACUUGGGGAACAAACCACUAAUGAUGGAAUUCGAAAUCCAGAAAUUAUACUUGAAAAAUCAUUAGACAGAGAAAAGCAGAAUUUCUAUGAUUUAAUUUUAACUGCUUUUGAUGGGGGUAAACCUCCAAAAUCUGGCACUGCUAUAAUUAAGAUCACUGUUCAAGAUGUUAAUGACAACUUUCCAACUUUUACUCAAGCCAUAAAUCACUAUAAAAUAUCUGAAAAUGCACCUAUUGGCCUUUUAGUAGUUCAGUUAAAUGCAACUGAUGAAGAUGAAGGUACAAAUGGCUUAGUGACUUAUUCUUUUAGUCACAUUCCCGAAAAAGCUAAUGAACUAUUUUCUAUAGAUCGCCUAAAAGGUGACAUGAAGAUAAUAGGUAAUUUAGAUUAUGAAGCAGCAGAUAGCUAUGAAAUGACUGUAGAAGCUAAAGAUGGUGGAGGUCUUGUCACACAUUGCAAGGUAUCAAUACAAGUGAUUGAUGUGAAUGAUAAUGCUCCUGAUAUAACAGUUACCACUCUUGCAAAAACACUUCCAGAAGAUUCUGCUCCGGGUACUGUCAUAGCAAUAAUUAAUGUUCAUGACCUGGAUUCAGGAAUAAAUGGAGAAGUUGUUUGUUUGAACUCAGAUAUAAAGGAAUUUCAACUGUUGCCAUCAUCUAGUAACUAUUAUAAACUUGUAACUGCAACUAGCAUGGACCGAGAAAAGAAUUCUGGAUAUAAUGUUACAAUUCAAUGUAUGGAUAAAGGAACUCCUCCUCUGUCUACCAACAAAAAUAUUCAGUUAACUAUUUCAGAUGUGAAUGACAAUGUUCCAGUUUUUGAGAGAAUGAACUACAUUGUCUACAUUAUAGAAAAUAAUCAACCUGGUACUUCAAUACAAAAUAUUCUUGCUUCAGAUCUUGACCGAGGUGAUAAUGGGAAAAUUACAUACAGCAUUGUGAACAACAUUGAUAAUAUUCAGUUAUCUUCAUAUGUUUCCAUGAACUCAAUGACUGGUGUUCUCUAUGCCCAGCAAUCUUUUGACUAUGAACAGUUGAGGGAAUUUCAGUUCCAGGUGAUGGCUAAAGACAGUGGAUCUCCUCCUCUAGGCAGUAAUGUCACAGUGAGGAUAUGUAUCAUUGAUAAGAAUGAUAAUGCUCCUAAGAUUCUCUACCCAUCACCAGACACCGAAGGAUCAACAUUAUUUGAGUUUAUUCCUCACUUUGCUGAGAAAGGUUUUCUGGUCACCAAAGUGAUUGCAGUGGAUGCUGACUCUGGACACAAUGCCUGGCUCUCCUAUCACUUACUACAGGUUCCUGAUUCAUCUUUAUUCACCAUUGGCCAAUAUACUGGUGAAAUAAAGAUUUUAAGAGAUCUCCAAGAUGUUGAUAAUUUAAGGCAGAAACUUGUGGUUCUGGUGAAGGAUAAUGGAUCCCCAUCACUGUCAUCUACAGUUACUUUGAAUUUGGUUGUUGCAGAGAAUUUUCAGCAAGUUAUACCAGAGAUAAGAAGACAACCAACAAAUUCAGACAAGACAUCUAAUGUAACUUUCUAUCUAGUCAUAUCCAUAGCUCUGAUUUCUUGUUUAUUCAUUAUUACUGUUAUCAUUACGGUCAUUUUCAAAUGCAAAAACACCAAUACCCCAACUACUUUUGGAGCAUAUAAUCGAAAUGUGUACCCUCAAUUCACCCUGGGAUGUCCUUCUGAGAUCAGUGAUACAAGUUUACCUUUCCCAAUCUCAUAUGAUGUGUGUGUGACUCUGGACUCAAAGCAGAAUGAAAUUGCUUAUCUGAAACCACUGCAGAACGUCCCCACAGACAAUCUCAUAGACACAGACAAUUCAACAGCUAUGAAUGAUCCUGUAAGCCUUGACUUCCCUCCUAACAGUAUUGAGCAGGUAUUUAGAUGUUGA